CCUUGCUGUAUUUGAUGAAAAAUUGCAUAGUAGAAACUGAAAGGAAGUAUAUUGGAAUUUUAAGGAUCUUGCUUUUAAUGGUCGUCAAAUUACAGUGAGCUCUUAAGAUUUAGAAUCCCGUAUGUCUGCAAACGAAGAUAAUCCUCCUGUAACUGAGAAGCCAGAUGACAAUGGCAGUGGAGCUACUGGAGGGAACGAGGAAGACGAGCAGGAAGACGAGAGUGAUUUGAAUUUUCUUCAACGGUUACUGGCCCAAUUAAAACCACCAACUAGUGAUGUUGGUGAAAAAGAAAAGCCAGAACAAUUGUUAGAGGAAGUGACGUUUGAAGGAGUUACAAAUUAUAUCAAGAAAGGGAAAUGCAAAAAUAUCAUUGUGAUGACAGGUGCAGGCAUCUCAACUGCUGCAGGGAUUCCAGACUUUAGAUCUCCUGGCACUGGUCUCUAUGACAACCUGCAAAAAUAUGACUUACCCCACCCCCAAGCAGUAUUUGACAUAAAAUUCUUUCGGUCAAACCCAGAGCCAUUCUUUAUGCUGGCUAAAGAGCUGUACCCUGGAUCAUUUAAACCAACAAUUUCACAUUAUUUUAUCAAGCUCUUAAGUGACAAGGAGUUGCUGCUACGUAACUACACUCAGAAUAUUGACACUCUAGAACGAGUGGCAGGGGUCCCGCAAGAGAAACUUGUUGAAGCACAUGGAUCUUUCCACACAGCACACUGUUUGGAUUGUGUAAAGGAAUAUUCUCAUGAAUGGGUCAAAGAGUUCCUGCAACAACUCCGAGAUUGCUAAUAAAUAAAGAGAAAUGUGGAAAUCAGCCUGACUUCUUCAGCUUGUUGAUGGGCGGGCCGGCCAGUGGUUUCCAGUUUGAUAGUGAGGAUAAUUAUCGGGAUGUCAUGUGGCAAGGUACCACAGAUGAUGGUUGCGUUGCUUUAGCCGAGUUACUUGGAUGGAAGGCUGACAAUUCGUCAAACGAAGACAGUAAAGCAGAGAAACCGAACAAGGAAGCCAGCAACCUUUAAAUUAAUAUUAGAGUCCCAAAACUUUACAAUUUCUGAAAAUUUUUCAAUCGAAUCGAUGCAAUUGACCGAUGUAUUUAAGCAAUAAACCCUUUUUCUUUCAGUGUAUUAUUUAAAUAGCCGGUAAUCAGUGUCUGGGAAAAUGUUUUUGUACUAAAUGUAUCUUGAACACAGAAUUUAAAUCCAAAUAUAUAUCACAUAAGUAAAGACAAAUAAACUCA